AUGUCCGACGAUAAUAAUAGUAAUAAUAUGAGCAAUAAUAAUAAUAAUAAUAAUAAUAAUAAUAAUAAUAAUAAUAAUAAUAAUAAUAAUAAUAAUAAUAAUAAUAAUAAUAAUAGUAAUAAUAAUAAUAGUAAUAAUAAUAAUGAAAAUAAUAAUAAUAAAUCUUUUCAAAUUCAACCAAUAUUAAUUCAAAUAUCAGAGAUAUUACAACAAUCUAUAGAGUUAAAAUUAUGUUCAUCUGUUAAUACUCAUAAUGUAUUUUGGGAUACAUUACUAUAUAAUUUAGAGUUAAAUGGAGAUGCAAUUUCAAUGAUAAUCUCAUUAUUAUUAACAAAAUAUAUAUUACUAUUAAACAAUGAAAAUAAUCAAUAUUCCUUAUUACAAGCUUUAUUUACAAAAUUAACAAAUGCAUCUGUUGAAGAAUUUAAUGAUUUAUUAAAUGGAAAUAAUAGUAAUAAUAAUAGUAAUAAUAAUAAUAAUAAUAAUAAUAAUAAUAAUAAUAAUAAUAAUAAUAAUAAUAAUAAUAAUAAUAAUAAUAAUAAUAAUAAUAAUAAUAAUAAUAAUAAUAAUAAUAAUAAUAAUAAUAAUAAUAAUAAUAAUAAUAACAAUAGCAAUGGCAAUAAUAUUAAUACAAGUAAUGGAAAUGAAGAUGAUGUUGAACAACAAACUGAAUCAACUGAACAAGAUUUUACAUCAACAUCACAAAAUUCAACACCAAGUAUUUCAAGAUUAGCAUCAAAAUUAUCUCAAACUGAUUUAGAUUCAUUUAAUUUAUCAAUUAGUGAAACUAAUCUUACAGGUGUAAAUUAUAGUUCAGUUUCUCCACAACAAUCAAGUCCACCAUUAAUAUCAACAUCUUCAACAGGAAGUUUAUCAAAUGAUUAUAUUAAUAUAAACAAUAAUAAUAAUAGUAAUAGUAAUAUAAAUAUAAAUACCAGUGGUACCAAUGAUAGUGAUUCAACUACUACUUUUAGUAUUAAUGGAAUAAAUAUGUCAUCAGAAGAAAUUAAAGAAUCUGAAACAAUUAGACUUUCAAUUUUAUCAACUAUUGGAUAUUUAUCAUUAUUUCAUAAAUUUAAUCCACAAUUUCCAACAUUAAAAGUAAUAAUACAUAAGCUUGGUGAGAUUCAAUUAGAAAAAUCAAGAUUUGAAUAUUCUUUACAUAAUGAAGUACUUCGUAUCCUUCAAACAAAUAAUCAAGAUAAUAAUGAUUUCUUAUUCUUUUUAAUUGAUCAAUGUUCUGAUCAAAAUUCUUCAAAUUUAGAUAAUUUAAAAUUAAAUAAUAAUAUUAAUAAAAUUAAUAGUUGGUAUAAUCCAAGUAUUAGAAAAAUAUUAAGAGAAGAAUCAGUUAGUAAAUCUAAAGCAGUUUUCGAACAUUUAUUAUUAUUUUUAAAACAUCCAUUAUUAAGUGAAAAGAGAGUUUUAUUUUUAUUACAAAUGUUAAAACAUUAUUUAUUGGUCAUACCUGUUUUAUCAAGUUUAACAAUUCAAUCAGCGUUAUCAAUUGUUAAAACUUAUUACCUUUGGCCAAAACCAUACGGUUGCUUUGCUAAAGAGAUAUUGGAGAUAUUAUCAUUGGAGUUGAAAUCACCAGGAUCUUACUUUAGGAAUAUUCUAGCCCGCGAAUUCCCAUCGAUAAUGUCAUCACCAAAUAGUAUAGGAUCUGCAAGUUUAACCAACACUUUAUUCACAAAUAAAAAUAGACCAACAAUUCAUUUCUUAGUUGAUAAAUACAAUAGUGAAGCAUUAUUAAUUCAAGAGUUAUUUGAAGCAAACUAUAAUACCUAUACACCAUCAAUCACUCAAUUACAAUCAAAUAACAUUGAAAAUAUUUAUAAAAGAAUUUUAGGUAUUGAUAAUUCUCAAUUAGGUAUUGAAUUUUUAGAACCAAUCGAUGUUUCAACAAUUCAUUUCAAAAUUUUAGAUGUUAUGAAUAAAACAAUGUAUUUAGAAGAAAAUGAAUCAAAAUCAAUUAGAAUUAAAGAAUUAAUUUCAAUUAGAGAUGAAAUUAUUAAAUUUUGUAAUUUAUCAACAAAUUCAAAUUCAAAUUUAAAUUCAACAACCACAACAGCCACAACAACAAAUAUUUUAAAACAUGUUCCAAAAAAUAUUGAAUUACCAAAUUUAAAUUAUCAAUUUAUUUCAAUGCUUACAUUAAGUGUUAGACAUAAAAGACCUGAUCAAUUCGGUACACCAUUUUAUAUACCAAUUAAUAGAAAAUCGACAACAUCAUUAAUUGAUUUACUUUCAAAUUAUCAAGAUCAAGAUUUUCAUAAUCAAGUUAAAUUUGCAAUCAUUGGUAAUGAUACAUCAGUUCAACAUAUAUUAGCAAGCUAUUUAUUUUUAAAAUAUCAACAACCUGAACUUUUCCAUUCAUUGGAUAUCAUGUUUUAUAUUAUUCCAACUGGUACCUCAAAUUGUAAAAUAGCUGAAUUAAUCUCUUCUUUCGAUCCAUGGUAUACAAAUCAAGUUAGACAAUGCCUUGUUUCACUCUAUAGUAUAAUUCCAUCAUUUCCACCAAUUUCAAAAUUAUCAAAAAUUGAAAGACAAUCAUUCAUUGAAUCAAUUUCACAAAUUAAAGAUUUAAGAAAUUCAAUUGCAUUAAAAGAAAAUGAAUUAGAACAACAACAACAACAACAACCACAGCAACCACAACAACAAAAUUCAGAUGUUGCAAGUAUAAUAUUAAAUGAACAACAACAGCAACAACAACAACAACAAUCAAAUUUAAAUAAUAGUAAUAAUGAAAUUAAAAAUGAUAUUAAUUCUUCAACGACAGCAGCAACAACAACAACAACAACAACAACAACAACAACAACAACAACAAUUCAUAAAGAUAAUCCAGUUGAAACACCAUCACAUACAAUUCAAACUGAAAUUGAAUAUUUAUUUAGAGAAGCAUCAUUUAGUUUAGAGAUACCAGUAUUGAAAUGUGAAGGUUGGGGAAUAGAUGAUAAUAAUUAUUUUACAAUUCCAUUUUUAAUGAAAGCUGAAAUGAAUACUUCAACUUUUUUAGCAGGUUUUAGUGAUUUAAUCUCAUCGGAUCCAACUCAAAUUAAUAAAUUAAUGGGAAAAUAUUCACCAAUGAAUGUAAAUAUCAAAAUUUUACAAUGUAAUCAAAUGGGUGUUCCAUUACAAUGGAUUAACAUUGAUAAUAAAACUUUUUAUGAUAUUGAAAUUAAUAAUAUUAUGCCAAAAUCAAUUUCACAUCCAACUAUUCAAUCGACUUCUUCACCAUCAACAUCAUCUUCAAAUAAUAAUAAUUCAACAACAACAGCAACUAAUAAUAAUGGUAAUAAUGGUAAUAAUAAUAAUGGUAAUGGUAAUAAUAAUAAUAAUAAUAAUAAUAAUAAUAAUAAUAAUAAUAAUAAUAAUAAUAAUAAUAAUAAUGGUCCAGCAACAAUAUCUUCAUCAUUAAAAAAAUCAAUUAUUCAAUCAAAACCAAAGAUGCAAUUGGUACUUAUUGAAGCUGAACAAAAAAAGAAAAAAGUUAAAUCAUCUGAAGAUACUUUUAAAUUUACAAUUAAUGCAAUUGAAAUGGAAUCAAUUGAUAAAAAGAAAUCAUUUGAUAUCUUAUUGGAUGGUCAAUUACAUGGUCCUUUUAAUAAAAUUAAAAUCUCAUUUUGUAGUUCAAAUAUUUCAAAUAUUAUAAAUAAUGCAGCAAAAAAUAGUAGUAGUAGUAAUUCUUCAAAUUAUUCAAUUGGUUUUAAUGAUUUACAAGAUAAUGAUUUCAUAACUUUUCCAAUUAUGUCAUUUUUACCAUUAGUUUAA